AUGGUGGACUGCUCUCUUCAGGUCGAGGGUGAGGUUCUGCCUCAAGUGUAUAAGGAUUACAGAGAACCCCCCUGGUCUCCAGAUGCAUACCAGUUCUCCAAACAGUACUGGUGUGUCCUCUCUGCAAGACUGGCAUUCGUCAUUCUGUUUCAGAACUUGGUGAUGUUCCUGGGCCUGAUGGUUGCUUGGGUGAUCCCAGAUGUCCCCAAAACCAUCGUGGAACAGCUCAAACGGGAAAAGAAGCUCAUAGUCAACCUAUUUUUGCAGGAGGAAAAGGAAAAAUUACAGCUCAUCCAGAGCCUCUUCAGUAAGGAUAUUACCCUCCACCCUGACAACCAAGCACAGAACCAGGACCAGGGCCUCCCCAUUCCUGGCCGCUACAGUACUCUACCCAUAGCCCCAUCGACUGGAGAUGGAGGAGGAGGCCCAAGGGCGAGGUGUAGGGCUGCCAGCUUCAGCCAGUUCAGUGGAAAUACUUCUUCAUUAUCCAGGAAAGAAAAUGCAAACUCAAAGCACACAGCAGUGUGA